GUAAGUGGCACGACCCUUGGAGCAUCCUUGGAGCACGCUCAUUCUCCAUACCCCGUAACUUCCAAUUCUAUUUCCUCGACAUUCUUGAUACUCCCCAUGUCGAGCUUUCCCGAUUAUUAUGCGCUGCUCAACGUACCAAAGACGGCCACCACCGAGGUGAUCAGACAGGCUUAUAAAAGGGAGUCACUCAGGACUCAUCCUGAUAGAUUCGCCAAUGCCACUGACGAUCAGAGAAAGGUGGCGACAGAAAAAUUCCAAGCAGUAGCCGAUGCCUACUAUGUUUUGUCGGACCCAGUACGACGGAAAGAAUAUGAUGGACUAUAUUCCUCGAAGGGCGCCGGGGAUAAAAGCAGUGACCCGAAGGCGUCCUCGAGUUUCUUCAUGAAUUUUGCCAGCAUGUUUGGCGGUGCAGGCGCAGCACCAGCUCAAGGGCCGAGACCCGAUGCUGAGAAUGUAUUUGCAGACGUAUUCGAUGAGUUGCUCCGUCCAGAGGUCGAACGUCACGCGCCAUGGUGGUCAUACCUCGGCGCCGUUUGUGGUGGUGGAAUGGGGUUCAUAAUCGCUAAUCUCCCGGGUCUCAUGAUAGGCGCAUAUGCAGGUAACCGUGUCGGUGCGAUACGCGAUGCCAAAGGUAAGAGUGUUGCUGCCGUAUUCUCUGGACUUGGAGGUAGCCAGAAGGCGGAGAUAUUGCGCGCUUUGGCUGCGAAGGUGCUAGGUGCCACUAUGUGAUGAAUAUGUUAUCCGUCGUACCUACGUUCUGUUCUAUUAUUAUGCUCAGGGAUCCAUAGCGUAUCAUUUUUACCCAAGCUGUCAGCAUAAUUAUAGUACUUGGCGUUGAACGUUGAACGUUGAACGCAGAAAUUUCUACUUCACAUCAUUUGUUA